AUGCUGGCUGCAAGGGAUCAGGAAAACUUGAUAUAUUCGCAACAGACCAAUGCUGCCAAUAAGCCAUUGAACAAAGCCAUCAGAGGGCUACCAUCCAAGACACCAGGACAGCUAGCUCCAAAGACGCCUUUCAAGACCUCUCUGGACACGGAAAACAAAGCAAGAAUAUUUGAAACUCAGAAAACUGGUCUAAAGGCGUUGGGCAAGGAAAAUGAGAAUCAUCUACGGCCCGAGAAGAAGGAUGGCACUCUUGACGGCAGAGCCUUUGUCACACCGAUGGGGCCGCGGACACGCGCACCAUUGGGCAUGAAAACUACGAACGCCAAAGCACAAGCAUUUCAAACUCCAGCACCUCUACAACAAUCUACGAAGCGGGAGAAGACUCUGAAGAAGGCUUCGACUACUCGCAAAUCCAUCAAAACGAAAAUACGUAUUGCUCCUUCAGAACCGGUCGGGGCAGACAUUCUCUCAAGAGAUCCGGAUUCUGAUGUCCCUGACAUCGAGUACUGCCCUCCGCCUCCUGUUGAGCUACCUGAUCCACCAGAGGAUAUCACCUAUGAUGAGAGUUUGCCGUAUUUGCGGGGCAAGAAUCUUUACGCAGGUUAUGGUGAGGUGUAUGAUAUUCCAAGAGAUGAGCAUGGCAUCUCGCUCACAGAGCGAAAGAAAGAGGAAGCUCAUGCUAGGCUUUUGCAGCAAAUGGAGAACAAAUUAGGAGAAGAAAUGGCAAAACCCUGGUCAAUGGAAGACGAUGAAGACAAAAUUGUGGAUGCUAUGAUUGCUGCAGGCCCAAAGAAGAUAAUGAACCGGAGCAGUAAUGUGGACACGAUCAGGGCAAAAGGUGCGGUGUCCGCGUUAGCUUCUCAGCCACAGACAAGAUUGCCAUCAGCAGCAAUGAUGGAUACAGCAAGUUCCAUGCAGAAGAAGAAAUCCGCUUUUGCGCUUCUGGGAAAGAAGACCCCUCUUCAGCCGAUCAACCCGAGUCACAUGCGUCACAAUGCUGCCGUUGCCGCGUCGAAAACAACCAUGGGAUAUUCCAAGGGUAGACAUGUCUCAUCUAUUCUGCCUGCGAAGCAAGCGCCAGCACCAAGAACAACAGCAAAGAUCGAUCAGUCCAAGAUCCAUCCCCUAGAGUUCAGAGAGCUCUAUGGUGAGCCGCCUGCGGGUAGCAUGAUGUGGCACAGAUUCAUGCAGCAUGGUCUAUUUGACAGCGACGUCGAUGACGAUGAGGCUGAGGAUGACCUGGCAGGUCAGUUGUGCGGUGCGGACGUCCAUAGCGAGGAUGAGGAUGAAAUCUUCCAGCUACCCAUGCCGGAAGAGGUGUAA